AUGGCAUACACCGUUGAAGUUGGCAAGCCUGCCAACGCGCACGAAACAGCUCCAAGAAGAAAUGCUAAAACCAAAAACGCUGCGGUAACUCGUCCCACGCAAUCCAAGGCCACCACUGUAUACGACUUUUUCCAAGAGUGUGUCCAGCGUGGUGGGAACCGCAACGCAAUGGGAUGGCGUGAAAUUGUCGAAGUGCAUGAAGAAACAAAGCAGAUCACAAAAAAAGUUGACGGCAAAGAACAGAAAAUUGAUAAGACCUGGAUGUACUUCGAGCUGGGCUCUUACAAGUUCAACUCGUAUAAGGAAUUGGGCCAGAUCAUGCACGAUUUUGGCCGUGGUUUGGUCGAUAUUGGUUUGCAACCUGGCAACACUGACAGGCUGCACAUCUUUGCUGCUACCUCUCACAAAUGGAUGAAAGCUUUCUUAGGCGCACAGUCACAGGCGAUUCCUGUGGUGACCGCUUACGACACGCUGGGCGAAAAGGGUCUGAUUCACUCCAUGGUGCAAACCGGUACUAAGGCUGUUUUCACUGACAAUGCGCUGUUGCAUCGCUUGAUCAACCCUGUUAAAGAGGCCAAGGAAUUGAAAUACAUUAUUCACGGCGACGUUUUGGAUUCCUCAGACAAACGUAACAAUGGAAAGUUUUACCAGGAGGCACACACAGCUUUGGAAAAAAUACGCGAGUUGCGCCCAGAUCUGAAGAUUUACUCAAUGGAUGAAAUUGUGGAAAAAGGUCAAAAAGCCGAAUCCACCAUUGAGGCUCACGCACCAAAGCCCGAUGACUUGUCCUGUAUAAUGUACACUUCUGGAUCUACAGGUGAUCCUAAGGGUGUUGUUCUCAAGCACUCCAAUAUUGUUGCCGGUCUCGGUGGUGUUUCUGUGAUCGUUGAUAGAGGCUACAUCAACGAAAAUGACCGUGUCAUUGCCUUUUUGCCGCUUGCUCACAUCUUCGAGUUGGCGUUCGAGCUCAUGACCUUUUAUUGGGGAGCAACACUCGGAUACGCAACUGUCAAGACUUUAUCUGAUACAUCAGUUCGUAAGUGUCAGGGUGAUAUCAAAGAGUUCAAGCCUACUGUCAUGGUUGGUGUUGCUGCCGUUUGGGAAUCCAUUCGUAAAGGUAUUAUGGGCCAGGUUGAUCACCUGCCUUCAAUGACCCAAAAAAUCUUUUGGGGUGCCUAUUAUAUGAAGCUCAAGAUGAAAAGGUUCCACAUUCCUGGCGGAGAUACUUUGGGUAACGUAAUUUUUAAAAAAAUUCGUCAAGCUACCGGUGGUUGCUUGAAGAUUGUGUUGAAUGGCGGUGGUCCAAUUAGCAGGGACACGCAGGAGUUCAUCACUACCUUGAUAUGUCCUAUGUUGAUUGGCUAUGGCUUAACAGAGACAAUGGCCAACACCUGUAUUGUCAACCCUGAUCAUUUUGAGUACCAAGUUCAAGGUGAACUGACCGGUGCCGUAACAGUCAAGCUUGUUGACGUCGAAGAACUAGGUUACUUGGCCAAGAAUAACCAAGGUGAAGUCUGGAUCCAAGGUGCCAGUGUUUUGCCCGAGUACUACAAGAAUGACGAGGAAACUAAAGGUGCUUUUGAGGACGGUUGGUUUAAGACCGGUGACAUCGCUGAAUGGACUCCAAAGGGUCAAUUGAGAAUCAUUGAUCGUAAAAAGAAUUUAGUCAAAACGUUGAACGGUGAAUACAUUGCGCUGGAGAAAUUGGAAAGUGUUUACAGAUCCAACCCUCUAGUUCAAAACAUUUGUGUCUAUGCCGACCAGACUAAAGUCAAGCCAGUGGCAAUUGUUGUACCCAACGAAGCUCCUCUUGGUAAAUUGGCGGUUGAGAAAGGAAUUGUGAAGGAUGCUGGUGAUGUCGAAGAAGUCUUGCACGACAAAAAGUUGAGGAAGGCCGUUUUGGACGAGCUUCUGAAGACCGGUAAAUCGCAAGGUCUCUCUGGUAUUGAAUUCUUACUUGGUGUUGCCUUGUUUAACGAGGAGUGGACUCCUCAGAACGGGUUUGUCACGUCCGCUCAGAAACUGCAAAGAAAGAAAAUUUUGGAGGCAGUUAAGGACCAAGUCGACGAGAUCUACUCUAGCCAAUAA